AUGAAAGGAAUGGACAUCUGUGAGAAGCACGGAAAAAUAUUAGAUUUUUUUUGUGAAAACGAGAACCAGCUCUGCUGCAGUACAUGUGCUAUAGUGAAUCACAGGAGUUGUCGUAGCAUCGUAGACAUAUCGGGGAUUGCCAGAAAAUCACGCCCAGCUUGUUCCCCUUUAAAAAGAAAAUUAGCAGAAGUAAAAUCAAAGACAGAGAAGGUCGUUAAACAUAUAGAGUCAUCGAAGGAACAACUCAGUCUAGAUAUAAAAGCAAUAUUCGCCGAAAUUAAAAGAAUGCGAGAUGAUGUAAACAAAAUGUUCGACGACCUGGAAGUUUACGUUACCAGGGAAACUGACGUAUUUCAGACUGAAGUAAUCAAUAAACUGAAAAAGAAGCACUCCAGCUGUGAAAAACAUAUUGCCGAUGUUACAAAAUCUUUGGAAAUUGUUGCUACAGUUUUGCAGAAUGGGACGUCAUCACAGCAAUUCAUAGUAGCACAGAAAGUGAAAAAGCAGGCCAACGAACUUUACAGGGACGUAAACAAAGACUGUCAAAGUUUAGAAGCUGCAACCGUUUUCCUUACAUUUGAUGAAACAUUGAAGUUGCCACCUCUUUCUAUUUCUGAUUACGUUCCAGGAAAGCUAACAUCAAAUUUCAUCUUUCCUAAAGCUAAGACAUCUGCCGUACCUGUAGACCCGAGUGUUAAAUUAACGAAGAUCACUUCCAUUGAUCUGAAGCAGAGUACAGAUGAUGUCGAGGAACCGUUGUACUCAGGACUGGAUUUCCUGCCGGAUGGUAGACUGGUUGCAGUAGAUAAUUUCAACAGAAAAGUCUUGAUCUACAAUGAGAAGCUUAAGAAAGUAGGAUCUUAUAAAUUAUCGAAAAAACCGCAGAGUGUAGUUGCUGUAUCUGAGGAGGAAGUGGCGAUAACAAGUGAGGGACAUUAUAAGAUAUAUUUUCUACGUGUCAGUAAAUCUUCUGAAAUAUCUUUGAUCAGGACAUGUAAUGUUAAGACAAAGUAUGACUCUAUAUGUCUGAAAGAUGAGGGAAAGUUUGUUGUUGGAACUAUCGAUGAUACAAGGCCAGUUCGUAUUGUGUCUCUGUCAGGAGAAGAGAAUGAUUUCAGUAUUAACUUUCCACACAAGAAAUAUCCUUUAGACUUUAGUGCCUGUACAUAUAUCAGAAGCAGCAAUAAGUUAGUUCUCACCGAUAGAUACGAGCAUAUUGUCUUCAUAUAUGACAUCAAGAGCAACACCAGAGUUGUUGUCAAGGACAACCAAAUCAAGGAUCCAGUUGGUGUCGCAGUAGGUCCAUCCGACAGUAUCCUGGUUUGCAGUAAGGGAAAAAAAUCCAUUGUACAGAUCUCCCAAUCAGGUCAGAUCCUGUCAUGGUACAAUUUAGAUAUGAAAGGUCCUUAUAGAGUCUGUGUUUCAAAGGACAAAUCUGUUGUUGCUGUUUCAAAUAACCGUUUGGACAAAACAAAGUUACAGUUGUUUAAACUUACAUUUGCAGAGUGA